AUUACCAUCACUAUGUCGUCGCCAAACGGGGAUCGUAAUCGAGAUGAGAUGGUGAACGAUGGCCAGGCUGGUUUUCGUGGGUUGUUAUCUAGAAAGUACAUUGUAGCUCGCGAAGCCUCCGAGGAAUGCUCUGAUCCUGGAGAGUGGCACUUUACGAAGAUGAGACAUACCUAGAGAGUGGUGACUACUGUAAGCUUGAAAAAGUCCGGAAGCGGCAGCAGCUGGGUCGAGUUGCCGGCCGCGGGAAGAGGGUCGAGGUGUUUUCUCGAAAAACGGACUCGGAUCCAUGGGUUGGAAAAGCUGCCAGAGGCAGAGUGGCACUGGCGGGUCUUUUCUGGCCCUGGUGUUGUGACGGUAAUUUUCAGGGGGUCGUGGAGAGCGUGCAAAAAGCCAGAGGCGAAGGCAAAGGACAACGGAGGAGGAGGGAUGCCUGGAAUCUGAGCGCCUCUCUCUGCCCUCCUGCCAGUGCCCCUCCUUUGUUUCUUUUCAUCACACACACUCUCGUCCUGUCGCGCUGUAACAACACCCUCGUUUGUCGCGUACAUCUAGUAUAAUCAUCGAAAACUCGUCGUGGCCGCCAUCGCAGGCCGGUAUCGAUAUCGAAUUCGGCUCUAUCGAGUGCUGCGGCAGCCUGCGCAGCCACGUGAUCGAUCCUGCGCCUACGCCGUGCAGUGCAGUGCAGCGCAGUUUGCCAAUCGAAUCCAAAUCCCCUCCUGUGUGGCCCAGCAGGCCAGCGAAGCCCCAGCUGCAAAUACUGCCAGUGCCUCGCAUCUCACUCCCUCUUGCAUACAAUCUGGUCGGCAGUUCUUCUACACGGAAUGAGCACGGCGCAGCUUGAGUCCCUGAACCAUCUCACUUUCGAGCGAAAGGCUUGCGCGUGGUCGGCGGACGUUUAACGAUCUCUUGAAAACCAUGGCCCAGCCCGACACCGCCACCGGUUCUGAAGCCGCCAACACGGCCGUGACGACGGCGACUCCCAAGAAGCCGGCAUCGGUGCCCGAGAAAAAGUACAAGUGCCAGUAUUGCAAUCGUGCUUUCAGCCGAAGUGAGCAUCGAAGUCGACACGAGCGAUCGCACACCAAGGAGCGCCCCUUCAAGUGCCAGAAAUGCCGAAGCACCUUUGUCCGCCGCGAUCUUCUUCUCCGCCACGACCGAACCGUACACGCAAAGGAUGGCGGUGUGCCGCUGCAGUCUGAAAGCCGGAAGAAGUCAGGUAUAGGAGCAGGGACGAAGACGUCGCCUUCGACGGCAGCACCGUCGAAGCCUUCGAUCAACAUCGAUCCUGGCACGUUGGAGCAGAUAGAGGCAAGCAGCGAUGCAGCAGCAGUGAACGGCCAUCUCCAGAACGGCGAAGGAUCCAUACCCAGCUAUUCACCCGAUCGCAGCUCACUCCUCGAAUCGUCCGACUACUUGAGUGGUCCAAACAGCCUGCCGCAUAUGCCCUGGGACACUUUUAUGCCUCAAGGACCGACGGAACCAAAGGCCCACUCCAUGUCGAGCAUGUCUUCGCAGGACAACUUGUCCCAACCCCCUUACGUCCACAUGGGAUCGAUACAGCCUCACCAGACACAUCUUCCGCCCAUCAUGGAACGUCAAGGCUCGCUCGGGAAUACCCUUCCACCAGCAUUUCCAUCGUUAGCCGACACAUUUCCCGUAUCCGGCACCGCGACACCCAAUGCGCUCUCCCCGUUCCCUUCAAUGACAGGUCCAGUGUCUCCAGUGAACUACCGCAAGUCGCCAGGUCCUGCCCAACCCCUUUCUCUGCCCAAAGCUCCUCAGCUUAACAAUGAGGAUGAGAGAAAUAUCAUUGCUAACCAACUAGGCGGGGACAUUACUCUUCCAACGUUACCGUCCAUCAAUCUCUAUCUGACCACCUAUUUCAACCUAUUUCACCACCACAUGCCUUUCCUCCACCCUGUAUCGUUCCGCCCAGAGAGUACCGAGCCGGCUCUGCUACUUGCCAUUCUGUCGAUUGGAGCGUUGUACAAUUUCGAGCAAGAACAAGCAUACCUCCUCCAUCAUGGUUCUAAGAAGCUCGUCAACCAAUUCCUUCAAAACAAAGACAACUUCGAUUCCCGCAAAUGUCCGCUUUGGACAAUGCAGAGCACUCUGCUGAACAUGGUGUUCGAGAGUUGGAGUGGCGGGUCUCAGGGAUUGGAAUGGGCAUGCUCUAUCAAGAGUCUCUUAGCUAAUAUGGUUGCUGGCAACAAAUACGAGCUCAAACUCCGUGUUGACGCGCGUUCUGGUACCCCACCUACUCACGAACAGUGGGUUAAUGAGGAAGGAUGUCGAAGGACUUACUACGCCGUCUAUAUCUUCUUUGGCAUGCUGACUCUUACAUACAACCACACCCCGGCUAUCAGCUUCAAUGAGUUCGAGUCAUUACCUCUUCCUUCAUCAGAGUCUCUCUGGAACAUUGAGCCUUCGGAUGAGGAUUCUUGGCAAGACAUCUUUGCCGCUUCAUCAACGGUCACCGUUCGGGAGGCGCACGACAGCCUAUUCCAGGGAGACCCUGCGCGGUAUAGUGCCUUUGCCACCCGAGUGAUGAUCAACGCCUUGUUCUUGGAAGUGUGGAAUCUGCGCAGGAGCUUCGAGUCAUUGCAGGACGUGGUUCUAGAGUGGAAGAUUCGUAUUGCCCUGGAAACCUGGGAACGGUCUCUCGAUCUGUGUGAACCCGAAACAAUUGUGGUUCCUUUAUCCACACCUCACAAGAGCCAUCCCUUGAUUUUCAACUCGAUGGCGGUCUAUCGAAAUACGCGAGCUUUCCUUGAGGUGGACCUUAAGAACGUCCAGGAAGCAAUGCGAUAUCACAAUUCCUUCGAAAUCGCCGGCGCCAUGACUCUAUCUCGAGACAACGUGAAGAGGACCAAGGAGAUGAUCAAAGUGGUCGAGCAAUGCUACGAGUGCAUGGAGAUCGUCGCCAUGCAAGGUAUCAACUGGGUGACCAAGACCUCGGCAACCAACUGGAGCAUUGAGUUUCCUCUUUGCGGUCUAGAACUCAUCACCAUACUCAGCCUCUGGCUUUAUCGCAUCGAGCACGAUGACCAAGAAGCGACCGAGGAGGAGCUCGCCAUGUACAUGAAAGUCCGUGGGCUUUUCGACGAUGAUGCUGUGGACUCAAAUGGCUCUCGUCUGAGCUCCACAGUAGCGCGGGUCUGGGGAACAAUGCUUGAUGGCGUUGUGGUUUGGGGUAUCUCCAAGACCAUGGGCGAAUCAUUUAAGCUACAUGCCCAGGCUCUGGUUGGGUAUAUUGACGAGUUGCCCAUCGAUCCGGUCACCGGAAUGCCUCAAGUACCGGACCAGGGCUUGAUGGGCAUGGACACGACAUAUUAAAACUUUUCUGCGAUUUACGGCACAUCUCAUCACUACUCAUGCUCGGCGAUCUUGAAGGUUCUGUGCGUGGCAGGACAUGGCGUUAUGGCUUGCGUAAUGACUCCGUUCUUUCGAUUUGAAUACCUUCUCAGCUUCUUGUUUUCCGACACCAGACCAUUGUGGCGCACAGCCGGGCCUCGAAACGGACGUCAUCCGUAUCACACGGCAUGAUCGUUCAUAUUCUUCAUCUCAUAAUCCGAACAUCUCGACUAUCCGGGAACGACUGACUACAUACAACCUAAUCUUCUCACUCGAUACCUUGUGCGCCUAGAGAUCCAAGACCGUUAUCUUUGAUCCCAUCUCCUUCUCAUGAUAUUCUCGUCCAUACAAAGAUCGGACGGGCAUCCAAGCGACCAGCAGGGACCUGGCUCCUGGAUUCUCCAUUUUAUCUCAAUUUUAACCUUGAAACGGCCGUUGACUGGUUUGGGUUUUCUCUGUAUACUAGUGAAGCGUGGAGCACGCUGGGGAGUGCAAAACAGUGGCUGGCUGCGUUUGGCAACAGCAGCAAGUCGAAUUGCAUGCUCGGUGUAGGCGGAAUAAAAUAAUAACACAUUGCAAUCUCAGAGCUCCUCUGUAAUAUUAGUCCUCAAUGUGAGACAUAACUUGAAUGCUUUUCAAUAUAUCUGAAACAGUAGCACUUGAA